UUUGGUUCAUCAAAAUGAGUUUGCUAAUCCACAUUAUCCUCUUAUGACUGAAAACCAGUCAAUGGAAAACUACUCGCAUUUGGUUCCAUUCACAUCCGAUUCGAGUUCAAUGGAUUUGGUCAGCCAAAUACCGAGUUUUGGAAGCCGGAAUUUUUCAAAGAUGGUUUCUCAUGAAAAUUGCCAAAAUUCAGAUGAUGGGGCAUUAGGAUCUUUGCCAAAUGGGAAGAGGAAAAGAGUGAAUGUUGGAGUGGAACAACAGCAAAAUGAUCAAAAUGUGGACACUUGUGAAUUUCCCAAAGGAGAAGAAAAGAAAAGUAAGCAAGCAGCUAAGCCUUCUAAAGAGAAUUAUAUUGUUGUGAGAGCUAAGAGAGGCCAGGCCACAAACAGUCACAGCCUUGCAGAAAGGUUUUUGUCCAUGAAGCUUGCAACAGUAAAUCCAGAGCUCAAUGUCGACAUUGAACGACUUUUGACUAAAAAUCUUCUACAUCCACAAGCUGGAUUAGAUUCAGGUUUCGGCUCGUCUGCUUUUACGGGACUUCACAAUAACUUAUGGAACAAUGAACUGCAAAGUAUCCUCCAAUUGGGAUUUGAUUCUCAUCCUUCUCUCGGUAGUUUGGGCGAAAACGGGUUGUCGAAAAUGGAUUUGUGAGCUCGCUAGCCGAAUUCAGAAAUCACUCGUUU